AUGAGCGUCGUGCAGGGCAUCGUCUGCAGGCCAUCGACAUCUGGAGAUGUUAUUGUACUAGCAAACUGUGAAGUUGAAAUAGCUCAGCCAUCUAGUAACUCUUCUACAGCAGUACCUUCGGAGUAUCUAGCUGCGAAAAUUAUCGAGAAUCGUGCAAAACUUCACUUCAAUAAUGAUGGCAAGAUCGAGAUUGAUGGAUUUUUCAUUCACUAUGCUGUGUCGUUAGAUGGACCUGGUCCGCUGAUCUACGCUUGUGUCGCUGAACCCGAGAUACCAUCAGAUCGCGCACAGCAGUUCCUGCUCAACGUCAAGGUGAGUUUGAGCUUAUCUUUAAAAAACCAAUGCGGUAGUGAAUCUGAGUACUAUUUCUUUACAGUAUCCCAUUGCUAUUUUUCUGCGAAAAUAGAUUUUACAAAAAAAAAGAAAAAACUCCAGAAUUUUGUGUUGAGGUUGUAGCU